AUUCAACUCCUGUCCCCUGCACCAUUUCUUCUACACCCCAAAAAAGCCCACCUCAGGCUCAGACCCACCCAUUUUCUGCUAAUUAUCUCCAAUAUUUCAAACCUUAAUUACAUAUUCCUUGUGUUUCGGGUUCCCUUGAUGCUUGUAAUCCUCUCUCUCUCUUUAUAAUCUGCUGCAAAUAAUCCCAUUUCUUUUAUUAGUAUUUUCUUUUUCGUGUGUUCCUGAGACAAAACCCAUAACUUUUCUGUGUUGUUUUGUAGGAUUAGUUACUGGGUAUUGUUUUCGUUCCUGUUUCUUCCAGUUUUCUCGCCAUUUUAUUCACUUUCCCUUCUCUGGGUCUCUAUUGUUGUUUUUGCAUAUUCUAAAGCCGAUUUGCAAAACAGAUUAAAAUGGAUCUUUUUCAGCGGUAAAAAAGGGACUUUCAUGGAUGAUCUAUGACCAAUGUAAAGGUUUUGGUGACAAUUUCUUGAGCCCGACUCUUCUCACACCAAAAUCUGAAACACCCAUUUGAAGACAACCCAAAAUUUCCCUUUUCAACCUCUCAGGCUCCCAAAUUAGAUCAUUUCAUGGUUUCAAUCUCGUGGGGUUUCGUCAUUUGACAAGGUCCUAUCGAACCUCUCUCUGUCUCUCUGUGUGUUUCUUUCUGGAUCUAUCCCCAUUAACCCGAAGAAAUGUAUGGAACUCAAAGUAAGAGAGACCUUGCCUUAGAACUUCGAUCCCAAAUACCAAUCUUGAGGCCCAGCAUCCAUGCCAGGAGGGCGAACCUCACUGUAAAGUUUCAAGAUCUUUAUGGUUUCACAGUAGAAGGGAAUGUGGACGAUGUCAAUGUGUUGAAUGAGGUGAGGGAGAAGGUGAGACGCCAGGGCAGGGUUUGGUGGGCAUUGGAGGCCAGCAAAGGAGCCAAUUGGUACUUGCAGCCUUCUAUCUCCGAGAACCAAUCCCUCAAGGCUUCGCUUAAGUUAUCAGCUUUGGCAAACGCCGUAACUUUAAAGAGGCUCAUUAGGAAGGGAAUUCCGCCGGUUCUCAGGCCCAAAGUGUGGUUUUCACUUUCCGGGGCAGCGAAGAAGAAAUCCACGGUGCCGGAGAGCUAUUACAAUGACUUGACCAAGGCGGUCGAGGGGAAGGUCACCCCUGCCACGAGGCAGAUUGAUCAUGACCUACCGCGAACUUUCCCCGGUCACCCCUGGUUGGACACUCCAGAGGGUCAUGCUGCUCUCCGACGUGUUCUUGUAGGAUAUUCUUUCCGUGAUUCUGAUGUUGGUUACUGUCAGGGCUUAAAUUAUGUCGCAGCAUUACUGUUGCUUGUGAUGAAAACGGAAGAAGAUGCAUUUUGGAUGCUGGCUGUCCUCUUGGAAAAUGUACUAGUUAAUGACUGCUAUACAACCAACUUGUCAGGAUGCCAUGUCGAACAAAGAGUAUUUAAAGAUUUACUUUCUAAACAGUGCCCAAGGAUAGCCGCUCAUUUAGAAGCAUUGGAUUUUGAUGUCUCGCUUGUUGCCACUGAGUGGUUCCUAUGCCUUUUUUCUAAGAGCUUGCCAUCAGAGACGACUCUGCGGGUAUGGGAUGUCCUUUUCUAUGAGGGGGCAAAGGUUCUGUUUCAUGUGGCUUUGGCAAUGUUUAAGAUGAAAGAGGAGGAGUUGCUUCUAACUCAUCAUGUUGGUGAUGUAAUUAACAUAUUGCAGAGAACCACUCAUCACCUUUUUGAUCCUGAUGAAUUACUAACGGUGGCAUUUGAUAAGAUCGGUUCUAUGACAACCAACACUAUUUUUAAGCAAAGGAAAAAACAAGAACCAGCAGUAAUGGCAGAGCUUGAUCAAAGAUUAAGACGGCUAAAUUCCAUCAAAUUGGAUGAUAAAUAAAAGAUUGCUGUUGAUAAUACGAAGUUACGUCCUUUUUGCAUUCCCCUCAAGGGAAGGAUCAAGCAUUGGGAGUGACUGUUAAUGUUGUGGGUGAGGAAUGUAAAUUUCAAAUUGUUACAUUAUAUACAGUUAAUAACAUCAAAAUGCAGGGCGUAGUUUAAUUAUCUCCUGCCCUUAAGUUUUGCCUUGGUGUUUGGUUGUGCUUGUAAUUGUUACUUGAAUCGAACUUAGUUUCCUCUUAAGAAGUUUUUUGAUGGUA